CGUAUAUUCUUUAUCAGAGAAUGUGCUAAGAUGAACAGUUUACGCAGCAGAACACAGCACAAUGCUAACCGCCAUUGUUUUUGUUGUUUCUGCCCAUGUAUGCGUAGGUUAAACAGGCAUUUGUAAUGUGUACGUGUGAGAGACUUGGGUCGUGUAAACAAGAGGCUAGAUCCCAAAUGGAAGGUUACGGUUUAACUGAAGAGCAGUUAAACGGGGCUAACGUCAAAGAGAUUGGGCUGACAAGCUGUGGCCUGGAGGACAAUGGUCAUCUGUGGCAUCACCGUUUGGUUGUGGCGGUGAAGCAUCUCUCUCUCUCUCUCUCCAUCUCUCCGUCUCUCUCCGUCUGACUGAGGCGGAUGUAGGUCAGUGCGUCUGGAGCCUGUCUGGAGCUGCAGAGAGCAUCAGAGCCAUCCCCGCCUUCGUGCCCUGGCUGCGGACGACUUUCUCCAGGCUAGCGGAGGACAAGAACCGGCGCCGACUGACCCGACGUGCCCUGCAGGAGGAUGCGCCAUCCACAAGGGCGAAGAGGGUGUCAGGGGAGGGUUGUAUGUUUACUUUUGAGAAGCUUAGCCAGUAUGUGUUAUUUGCAUUAUGUGCUGCAGAGGCAAAUGAAUGAGAUGGAGAGGCAGAGUGGCGGUAAAGACGGAGCAGGUUAAGAGGAGAAUCGGCAUUAAAGUCGUCGCUACGAGAGGUUUUCUGGAGGAGAAGAAAGGACUGAGUGCUAGAAAGAGGAAGGAAGGGACUGAAGAAAGCUGAAAACUGCGUCCAAACUCUUUAGACUUAUAGAAAUGGCCAAACUAAGGCAAAACAAAGUUUAAAAAGUUCCUUCAAUGGGAAUAAACUGGAAACAUUUGUGGAAUAGUAGAUCUUAUUGAAGUAUAGGGUUACUUUUAUUUGAAAAACUUGCUAAAGGAGGAAGAAAGUCAGUUCCCUAAUGUCUUCAUCCGCUUUUUUUGUGAUAAGAGAAGCAUGGGGAAGUAUUACUGUAUGUCUCGUUUGCAGCUUAAAAAUAGCUCCGAUUACUGGUGCUGUUGUAUAAGGGCUGGACAGCAGUAGGUGGGUGACAUGGUGAGAUGGCCACCUGUACUGUCUGCCACAUUCACACAAAACACAGAGGGGACAGACUGCCUGAGGAUGAGUCACAGGCACGGCGAUGAAAGUGUGCGAACACGAGUGUGUCUCUAUGUGUGUGUGUGUGUAUGCAAAUUGUUGCUUAGUCGUCAGUUUUUCUGUUUAACUGCAGGGUGUAGGGAACUUCCCAUUGGUUUUCAAACUCUUGGAAAAGCUCCAAGUCAGUUAAGGCCCAGCGGAACAGGAGAGGCACAAAGGGCCUCGUUGUUGCGCAACCUCUCGGGAUGACGGGCGGCCAGGUCAGAGCGGCGCGUCACUCUUGAGGCGGUUGAAAAAGGGCGAGUCCAUGGUAACGGGACCCUCCGUUCGCCGACACGCGGACUCUUUUUCUCCCUCGCUCUCCAGGCUCCUAAUCUCAUAACUUGCGCUUUACGACACGCUGGGAUGACUCUCUCGCCCGUUUCUGGUUUGUUGUUUUUCUCUCUGCUCCCAGCACGGUCGUGAAGGCCCGACUUGUAAUAAACUACGACUCCCUCUGCCCCCGGGAAGAAGCACAUGCUGCUUUCUCAUUAAAUACUCAGGUUUCUUGAGGGUCAAUCACAUAUUAGGCAUUCAUAUUUCUUUUAUUAAAAAAAAAAAACACUGCAUAUUAAACAUCUUAAACCAGCAAAUGAUUCCCUUCUUUUCACAUGCAUAGAAGUUGUAGAGUAGAGUUAACAAUGUUUGGAGAGUUUCAAUGAACGUUAACUGAAAAAUGUAAUAAACAACAAGCAGUCUUUUGUUUAAAUAAAUCUAGAUUAGUUAGUUCUGAAGACCAGGAAGUGCCAUGACCAAAGUGACACUCAGCGGUCUUAAAGUAACAGCACAUUAAGCUAACUUUAUGCCGCUAUCAUCACAGUUGAAUUGGGUUAUUUAAACCGACGCCUCAUAUUUACACUGGAAAUUCAUGUUGGAGGUGGUGCGUCACAAAAUACCUUCCUGCGUGAAACAUUUACUAAAAACUGAACAAGCACAGCAUUUCCUGUCAGAGUAAAUACCUGAUGGAUGUCUGGUCUCUGUUAGAGCAGUACUCUGUGCGGAACAAUUUAAAUGUUUUGCACUUAGAACUUGUUUCAGACAGGAAGAUACUUGGUGAUGCAAUGCCUCCUGCCUCUAUUUACCAUGUAAAUGGUUAUCAGUUUGUUUUGUUUUUUAAAUGAACAACACGCACAGUUAUGAAGGUUCAUAAAAUUGAAUUUGAAGAAACUGCUAUCACGUUUUGACAUUGUAAGUUCACUCGGUUGGACUAAAUUGUCUUUAGCCCCAGAGACCAAAUCUGGAUUUAUUAUAAAUGCAGACACCAAGGGUGUAAGAUAGUAAACGUCUUAUGUUUUUGACAGACCGUCACUUAAAGAAAAUCCACAAUUCUGCUUUUAAUGUACCGAUUUUCAAAUUUGCCGCAGUCGCAAUGCAAAUUGAAAAUGGAAGUGCCCCUAUCGCCGUCACCUCUUCAGCUCCCCACUUCCUGCUGAUCCGCUCUGUUCACGCCGGCCUCCCUCGUAGUGACACCGUCCCUUUAGGCAUCAACAGAGCCGAGACAAAGGAGGAGGCAGGCGUAGUUUGGGGUAAACACGCGGCUCAGGCGGAGCAACGAGACCGGCCCGACGAGGGCCGGAGGGAGCCGGGGCUCCGCAGCAGCACCAGCAGUGCAUCUGCUGGUGGAAAGCUACCUGACAGCUGCUUCUCACACAUCAGAUAAGAUUACAGGUACACCCAGUACACCUGUUUAAACAAACCCUCGUGCAAGCGCGCCGCCAUGCGCGCGCCUGUCUGAAGAAGACUAAUGGAGAUAACAAGCUAAUCCGGGAGCAGGUGCAUGCUUGUAAUUGGGGCAAGCCACAGAUAUAUAGCAGGGGGGAAGAAGUUCAUUAUUAAUACUGUGUUUGAUUUAUUUGAACACAGGGUUGACUGUGCAUUUUUUAAGAGUUUAUUGUUUUUCGUUUUUGCGAGUUCAUUCUAGUUUUCACCGACUACCAGGCGGGUGUUGUAAACCUCAGAAACUCUGGCUGUCAGUGAUGUUGCAGAAUCAGAGCAAGACUUGCAGAGAAGCAGCCGAUCAUAAGACGGAGAUGUUGGCACACAAUCACGCGCACGCACACACACACACACACACUCAGUUAAUGCCUGCUCCAUUUGGCUCUAGCCUGACAUCUAGCGACUCAGGCUGUAAUAUGAUCUCACAUGACACUGGCAUGUUAACAUAAAGAGAUGAGCUGGAAGCUGCAGCAGGAUUGAAGGUUGUUUUUUUUUUUUUGUUUUUUUUUUUUUAAAGAUUAAAUGUAACAAUUACUUUCCAUAUAUCUGGUUCACCACAAUUUACUGACAUAUAGAGAGUAAAUAAAAGCAACCCACAGCCACGCUGUUCCUCUAAACCCCCUCCUAAGCUGCCAUCUGUGAUGUCACUACGCGCGGCGGUGUCGUAACAGUUUGUCAAAUAACACGAUGGGCGGCUCGCGUUUGGGUGGGCUCGCCCCGUGCUGAAAUAAUACGGCGAGCCUGACUGACGCAACAUGUUGUAGCCUCCUCCUUUGUGUUUUCUCAGCAUUUUCUCGGCCACCACGCAUGACACACAAUCUAAUUUUAGCUGGCUGGCCUUCAUCCACAUGAAGCUAAUGUGGUUCCAAGUAUAGCCCUGUGAACUGUAGAGGAGGACGAGGAUGUUAGAUGUGUGUGUGUGUGUGUGUGUAUAUAUAUAUAUAUAUAUAUAAGGGAUAUUGGUGGAUAAGACAUAUUAAGAAUAGCAAUUCUUUCAUUUUAAUCAAACAUGUCUGCCUAAAAACAUUUUUUUUACAGGUUAAAAUGUAUUAUUUUGGUAUUUGAUCCUGCCAAAACACUGGUUGUUUUUUUUUGUUUUGUUUAAGAAAGUCACUGAAGAUAUUGUUGUGUUUUUUGUUGAGCUGUAAGGAGGUCAUGAGGGUUCUAUGUGACUACAUGAACUCAGUUAAACCUAAACGCUGUCCCAAGAGUUGUAUCGGAGAACUCCUCCGUGUUGGACAGGAAUGUGAAUCCAGGUUUGACUAGUUUAGCGACAGUGCUAAUGCUAAUGUCAAACCAGCACCCCGAGGGAGUUGUAGCCAAGAAACCUCACAUCUGAGCUGUUGUCAGGGAAAAGGUUCCACAUGCACCUGGUUAGAAUGGAUUUUCAAAGGUUUAUUAUUAUUUCAGUAACAUUUUAUACCUUAAUAAGAAAAAAAGAGUGUUUUAUUUUUUUGCCUGUCUUCAACAUGGAGGUCAAAUCAGGUUGCUUCAUGAAAGAAAGUAUGAAGAUAAUCUUGAUUCUACUCCAAACAAGACACAACAGAGGGGUGACUGUUUUUCCUUAAAGUCAUUGGAGACCCCAACAGAUCAUCAUCUGGGGCUCCACUUCCAGAUAAGCCCAUUACCAUUAUAACUACUUAAGGAAACUUGGGGAAGAGAAAGGUUACGUGACUGUUAGCUUACAGUCGAGUUAGCUAGCAUGACUUAAAGCUUACAAACAGUCGUGGUAACAAUACAGCUCAGAGGAAAGCAGCAGAAAUUAAUAAGCUACCAAUAAAACUUGACUCUGUUGACACGAAUUACAAAUUAUGAAAGGGUUUUUCUUGCAAACCCUUCGAGUUCCUUCCUCUCCUUUGAAAGUGGUGGGUUCGUGUUAAUCGGGUUCAUCAGAUACGGAUCAGUGGGAGCUUGUAGGUUCUGAACGCAAAUGGGAAAGAUGAUUCUGGAUCGAAAAAUUUAAAAUGCAUGUUGAUUACUUUGUAUUGACGUUCCAUAUGUCCAAUAUAUGUUGGUGUGAAGUAUAAUAGUUAGAACAUCACUGAUUUAUUUGAGUGAAAUUACUGUAAAAAGUAGAGGGCAGCUCCAUAAUGGUUCUUAAUUGGUGGCUAACUAGUAGCCGCUGCUAUUCGUUGGAAUGGUACAGCAAAGGCAGAAGAGAAGUCAAUUUAUUGGGCCCCUGAGGUAGGGCCAGGGCCUAAUAACUAUACCAGACCUGUUAUUACGUCAGACUUGCAUAAAUUCUAGAGCUAGCUUAUAGAUUUAAGGUUCCUAUAUUCAUUAAAAUACACACAUUUUCAAACCAUUUAUCGUCGCCCCUUCAAACUUCACCACCCUGAGCUGCUGCCUCAAUGAGCUCUUGCUGGAGUCAGAACCAAAAGGCCAACACAACCACUGACCUAUCAGGUGAACAUCUGUUUGAACAUACCUGCUACUGCUUAAUCAAAGCAUUUUAAUAAAGUUUCUAAACUGAAACGCAUUCAUUUCUCUAACAUGUAUCUCGUCAGUUCUAACAGCCUUGCUACUGCUGCUGUUUUUCUCUGUACAGUGUUCCUUUAGAGAACAGAAACAUAUAGAUGAGACGCUCAGUCUGACUUGGUUUUUUUCUUCCAGUGGAGUCUGACAGGAAUGAGGUCAGACACACGGAUCCUCAUUGCACAUUAUUAUUAUUAUUAGCCGGGUUUUUUAUUUAUUUAUUUUUUUUAUUAUCAUUAUUCAGCCAAUGGGCGUCGAGUGGGAGUGGUUUGAGGGAAAAACCAGGAUGGAGACAGGCGCCGAUUGGCUCCUGCGCCUCGAAAGGAGGGUAUAAAACGAUGAGGUCGGCGUUGUUGUGUUUACAGUAAUAUCACAGUGCGCACUGGAAACGGGGAGACUAUGAGAAAGCGCAGCUGCUCCAUUCAACCACAUGGUUCCUCAACCGCACAGACAAGCUGCGCUGUAGACAGCCGGGCUCACAUAGGAGACUCGCAACGGCGACUGUUGAGCCUCGCAGGGAGAAUUUUCAGCCGCACGGGCAGUUGAGAGCUGAUCCGGGAGGCGCACCGGCAAAAGUUCAGACACUCGAAGUCUCUUUAGGCAAAACGGAGUGAGCUCAAAAGAAAGACAGAAGAAACUUGGAUGAACUUUUAUUUCUUAAGAUUUGCUUCCAACUCAUAGCUGAGGAGAUUUUUUUUUAUCCCCCCACCCCACCACCACAUCUCUUCUUCGCGCAUAAACUUUGUCACUGACUGAGCGCUUCCAGACUGGAGGAGGAGAUGGUGCAGCACAUGAGCCACACAGAGAGCACCCACGCUCACUCCCCCGGCGGGGACUCCACGGACACGGGAGACAUGGACCUGGAGAUGGACGCUUCUCCGGUCCCGGAGGGCUCCCCUUCCUCCCGGGAGCGCAGCGACCUGGCGUGGUGCAAAACUCCGACCGGCCACAUUAAGAGACCCAUGAACGCGUUCAUGGUGUGGUCCCAGAUCGAGAGGAGGAAGAUCAUGGAGCAGUCUCCGGACAUGCACAACGCCGAGAUCUCCAAGCGGCUGGGGAAGCGCUGGAAGCUGCUGAAGGACACGGACAAGAUCCCGUUCAUCCGCGAGGCGGAGAGGCUGCGGCUCAAACACAUGGCCGACUACCCGGACUACAAGUAUCGACCCAGGAAGAAGGUCAAGUCCGGGAGCGCAGCGGUCAAGCAGGCGGAUCGCGGGGAGAAGAGCGGGGAGCGCGGCGCCAAAGCCGCCGGCGGCAGUAAAAGGAGCCCCGCGUCCAAAUCCGCGAGCAGGACGCUGAAACAGGGGAGCAGCAAGAGCGCUGCGGUGCAAGAGUACGCCUCCGCGGUGUUUAAAUCCAGGUCGGCGUCCGGGGCCAGACAGAUCCCGGAGAAGCGCUCAGGUUCGGGAGAGGCGAGGCGCCCCCACGUGUUCGGCGGGACGGGCAGCAUGGAGAGCGGGCCUCCCUCCGUGGGCGUCCCGGCCAGUCCCACCCUGAGCAGCUCGGCGGAGUCCAGCGACCCGCUCAGCCUGUACGAGGAGCACAGCCCCGGCUCCACCGCGCGCCUCAGGUACGCACGCGCCUCCUCCCCGACGCCGUCCGCCUCGCACUCGUCCUCCUCCGUGUCCUCCGCGUCGUCGGACGAGGAGUUCGAAGACGAGCGGCUCGACCUGAACCCAAGCCCCGGCUUCGAGAGCACCUCUCUGGGCGGGAUGGGCUUCUCCGACGCGGAGCUGGACCGGGACUUAGACUGGGGCUUCGGGGAGUGCGGGGCGGGAUCCCACUUCGACUUCUCCGACUACUGCACUCCGGAGGUCACCGAGAUGAUCUCAGGAGAGUGGCUGGAGUCCACCAUCUCCAACCUGGUGUUCACCUACUGAAUCAGCCCCCCUCUUCCCUCCCACGUAUGAACUCUUCUAUCCCUCUACAAGACAAGCCUGUGCGUCUAGAUAAGAAGAUUUCCGCCAUUUUUUCACUUUUUAAUAAAUAAGAGUGAAUAAAGGAAAGAAAAAGAGGUGGCCUGCGUGCGCGCUGAAGCCCAGGUAUGCGCCGCUCAGACUUGGACAGCGCUCAGUGGCGCUUGACUGGAGGAAAUGCUUAGUUUGCAUUUGGAGAGGAGGAUGUAUGGAAUGUCAAACGUGCCACAAUUCAAUACAUAAGUAAGUUGGUGAAUAAAAAUCUAUAUACGUGAUCAUUUUAAACAAUAAAAAUAGAUACGUUAAAUAAGUAGGUAAGUGCAUCUAUGAUAUAUUAAGUUGUUUCAGUGGAAUCAUUUAAAUAUAUAAAAGGAUUCAAAUCUGUUUUCUAAAACCACACAUAAUUUAGGUAUUUGUAAUCGUUUCACAAUCCUCUGCCGUAGCAGAUGGAGAAUUUACCUUGUGUCAGCCUCACCCAACAGAGUCAGUAGGCGGGGCUAAUACUCCUUUAGCCAAAAUGAUUGGUCGGCAGUUGAGCUGUUGUGCAAGGUAAACAAUCAGAUUUCAGCUGGCAAGUUAUAGUCACAGUUUAACUUAUUACAGUGCCAUAAACGUGUAACAUUUACAGUUUUAAUUAUUGGUGCAUUUAAAGAUUUGUUCUCACAUUCAUCUUUAAAGAUAUUUAUGUUAUUUAUUUAAUGUCUUUAUCAUGGCAUUCUUAAAAUUAUCAUGUAUAUAAUAUUUAUUUAGAAAAUGUAUUUAUUUAUUGGAUUGUGGCACUUUUGGCCCUCCUUAUUGAGGAGGAGUGAAUGUAAGCAGAGGAGCUGCAGAUGUUUAACUCAUUCCAUGCAGGAUGAGGACUGAGACUGAAUUUUUUGAGUCAUGAUAAGAAUUUUUUUUUUUCUUUCGUUUUUGGAACACUUGGAGAGCUCUUGUGUUUGGUUGUGUUUUCUAAGAUAUAGCCAAUCCACACUGACCAUCAAGUUCAGGACAUUUUUCUUCUCCUCAAAACUCAAUAUUUGUAGUAUGAACACGCAUGCUCUCCAAGAAGAGGAGGAAUUUUCUUAUUUAAUGCGUAAAACAAGGCAAAAAAAAUGUUUGUCUUUGCUGCGUAACUACGCAUUUUGUGUGCGCAUAGGACACAAUUCACUAUCACCAGCUUCUCUCUCAACGGCAGGAUUUAAAACAAAGACUGACUUUAAACUUCAGAAACGUAAAAAAAACAAAAAAAAACACUCAGUGCACAAUUCAGGACCAAUGUUCUGCGCUUUCUCUCUGCCUAGUGCUUCAACUUUGUAGUUCUUGUGUCAGAUAUUCUUUCCAAAUAUGUACAGAGCCGGUCCAAGGUUAUAUUGGGCCCCGGGCAGAAUUUAAUAGGGGGCCCGCUUCCUGUUGAGGUCAUGUGCACAGCAACUACAACAGCAGGUCUCUUUCAUAUCAAUGUACAUGCUUGAUGCUUUUUUUCCCCUCAGUAUUUGUUCUCAAACUGGUUUUAACAAAGUGUUUCUUAAAGACACAGUUCUCUUCUAUUUUUUUUUUGUUUGUUUGUUGUUGUUUUUUGAGGGGGGUUUAUAAACACUGGGUCUUACCUGUUGUAGGUAACUCAUUAAGCAACUUAAUUUUAAUAUAAAAUAUCACAUUUUUGUUUAGAAGAGCUGGGCAAAGAGUAAAAAGAAGUCCCAAAAAUUUCCAAGAAACCAUAAAUCGAUGUCAUGUUUGUAUUGCCUUUACAACAAGCACAUUUUUUCAGCUGUCCUUUGACAUUUCAUAACAUAGUGGUAUUGUUUUUUUUUUUGUUUUUUUUUGGGACCCCCGGCCAGCAGGGGGCACCAAGCAACCCACAUGCCGCUCAUGCCUUAGGCCGGCUCCGUACAUAUAUUACUAUAUAUAUAUUGAUGUAUUUAUACUGGCCAAACUUUUUUAUACAUAGAAGUAUUGUUCUCGUACAGGUCUCGUUUGUGUUUGCGCGCACACACACACAUACACACACCUGUCUGUAUAUCCAGCGGCGGAAGGGCUAAGAAGUGUAUCUUAUUUAACAAAAGAAAAACAACACACACACACACAAAAAAAAAAACCAGUGUCCGACUCCUCUCACUUUCAAAGAGAUUUUGAGUGUGUCAUGAUUUUCUACUUGUAUUUUUGUACAAAAUCUAUAAAAAGGGGCAGCCCUGCAGCAUUGUUGUUUGCAUCUACAUUGGUGGUUUGGACGUGCAGAGGGGGCACAAUCUGACCUCACACAGUGUUUACAGUAUUUACCCACAUGCUUCUUAAAUGGCACAGUGACUCCAGCUUCACCAGCCGAGUAAACAAAGCGCCGCUGAGGCUCCUCCUGACUGUGCUUUCCAGUCCACGCGCACUCAAAACUCACUCAAACCUGAAGUCUCAAAGUGAAAGAUCCCAGAUAAAGAGUCACUGUUUGGAUAGAGCUAAUACCUCUGUGUGCUUGGGUUUUUUUUUUAAUAUAUAUAUAUAUAUUUGGAGAUAAGUUUUAUUUGAACCACUGGACUCAUUCCACUUUUGCCUAGACUUUGGAGGGAGGAGGAAAUGUUUUUGAAGUGCUUCAUCUGUUAUUGCGCAAAUUGCAUCAAAAAAUAGUAUUUAACCUUUUUCUGUACCUGUUGGCUACGUAUAGCAGGCUAUUUGUUUAUUUUUGUUUGUUUGGUUUUUUUAUAUUAUGGCAUGGCAAAUAGCAUUUGUAUUUCAGAUUCAGGUAUAUGUAGCUAUAGCUGUUGUGUUUAAGAUUUUUAAAAGAAUAACAUGAAGAUAUUUAUGUAAACAGACUGUACAAUAAGCAAAGAUUGUGUGUUUUUAUGUAUGAUGAUCAACGACAGGCACUAGGACGGCCAUCUUUGGUGGAAGAUGAUUGUGGUCCAGGAGUUUCCUUUAUAAAAAAAAAGAAAAAAAAUGAAAGGAAAAAAAAUUUCUAUUGUCCUUUUUUUCUUUUUCUUUCCCAUUUGUGCAAUAUGUUGUGUUUGGUCAUGUUUUGUCCACUUCAGCCAAGAUCGUUUGAUGUCUUUUGCUCAAAAACCAGCCAACAUUUGGGUCAAUCACUGCCUCUCAGACCUCUGUACAGAUUGUCUUUUUUUAAAUUUUUCUUUUCUUCCGAGAAGGAAAUAAAAUCAGCUGGAACUGAAAGUGCAA